AUGGGCUUCGGCAACCUCAACAAGGUUUGACUUCUAAUCAUUCCUUCUAAUUCGCUGUCCUGAAACAUUUCUCCAAACUGCAGGAGUUCAUUCAGACUUUUUCCAUAUCCUGGAUGUAAAACCUGAGCAUGUUUUGAAACAGUCCGAGUAAGAGUGGUCUGACUCUGAGAGUCUGACACAGAAAAAUCCGACCAGAGCACACUCACCCCUCUGAAGACCAGCCACCAUGCUCAAAUCAGAUUUCAGGUCAAGUCUUAAAUCAUGUAGUGUGCUUUCAGCAGGACUGAAGAUUUCGUUCUUGAGGGGAGCUUCCUGCUGCAGUGUCCUUGUGUGAGGAAUUUGACCUUCAGUUCUAGAGGAUCAAAAUAACAGAAUUCAGAUGUAGUCGUUAUCUUUUAAGCUUUAUACAAUUUCCAUGCAAGCAGCAUCUACUAGAAACACUACACCAGAUGUACGAUGGACUGAAAGCGCGGCGUGAGCUUUAAUUCUUCUAAGUAUAGCAGGGAGAGAGGCAGUCAUGGCCUGCUCGGGUGCUGAUGAAAGAUGCUCACUGCCAGUGCAUUUGUAAUCCGAUCAGAAAGCUCAUUCUGCGUCACUCCUGACCCACCGGCUCUUGCACCCUCUCUGUUUUGCUGGGCAUCGUCUGCAGCAGGGCACUUUAUCUUCUAAUUCUGCUGCAGCACAGAGGAGAGUACUGCAUUAUUAUGCAAUCUGAGCUGCUACUAUUCCUGUGCAGCCAGCAGAGGGUACUGUACCUACCCUUUGUGGGUCUGCUGCAAGCUGAACUUCACAGGCAUUGGACUUUUCAUGAAGAUACGCACUGUUAUUGUUGUUUGAUUGUGUUUUUUUUGUGUGUCUCUUUUCCUCUCUGUCUGAAGGUGGUGUUGUGUUUCGACCGUGUGUUCUGGGAUCCGAGUGUCAACCUGUUUGGUCAUGUUGGCUCCACCACAGCGAGUCGGGGUGAGCUCUUCCUCUUCUGGAAUCUCUACAAAGGUGAGAAAAAGGAUUGCUCAUACAGUUUCAUGGACCUAUUUCCUGUUUGUUUCUCUCAUUCAUUUAAAAAAAACCCACCUGAAUUGUAAACUGUGACUGGUCUUUUCAGCCCCGAUUCUGCUCGCUCUGAUGGCCGGUGAGGCUGCUGGCAUCAUGGAGAACAUCAGCGAUGACGUGAUUGUGGGACGCUGCUUGGCUAUUCUGAAAGGAAUAUUUGGAAGCAGCGCGGUGCCACAGGUACACAACUCUUACCUUUAUCUGGCAUUUUCACCGAUAUAUCAGUUUUUGCCAUUUUUCUAUCUACCUAAUCUACAGUGGUCGAGAACCGCCACUGCGGCUAAUAGAAAAGAAUCCAAAAAAAGAAGUCACAACACAACUGCUUACCUACUAAGUAGAAAGGUUAUUGUUUAAUUUCGCUUCAUGUGCUUUUCAAUGUGGUUCAGCCAUGUAGCGCCUGAGUCAAUUGCGUCACUUCAAUUGCAGCUCUUUUUUUUUUUUUGCCUCCUUUUAUUUUCGCAGCAAGUCAUCUUUUUUUUUUUUCCAUCGCCACUUUUUUUGGGGUCAUAAACUUUUUUUUUUUGUAUUUUUUUAAGCUGCACCGUUUUUUUUUAUUUUUUAUUUUUAAUUUGCAGUGGGCUUCCUUUGUUUUGCAUUAGUAACUUGCGUUGUGGCUCUUUUUUUUUUGCAUCCUUUUAUUCUCGCAGUAAUUUUUUUUUUUUCCAUCGCCACUUUUGUUUUGCGUCGUUAGCUUCUGUUGUGGCUUUUUUUUUUUUAUCUGCAGUUUUUUUUUUUUUUGAUUUGCAGCUGGCUUUGGUUUCUUUUUUUUCUACACCAGUAACUUUCGUUGUGGCAAUGUAUUUUCUUUUGCAUCUUUUUAUUUUUGCAGCAAGUAACUUUUUUUUGUUUUGUUCCAUCACCCUUUUUUUUUUUGCGUCGUUAACUUCCAUUGUGGCUUUUUUUUCACCUACACCAUUUCUUUUUUAAUUUGCAGUGGGCUUUGGUUUCUUUUCUGCAUCAGUAACAUCCGUUGUGACUUCUUUUUUUUUUUUUGCAUUCAUUUUUUUCUUUGCAGCAGUGGCAGUUCUCGGCCACCGUACUAAUCAACACCCUAAAGUCAUUCCCAUGAGCAUGAUGUCUGGUCAAUCUGGCAGUUUUGCACAAAUACAACUUCAUUUGUUUGUUGUGCACAGAAAAGUACUUGCAGCUUAUAAUUUUGAAACCUCAUCAUUAAUGUUUUCUCUGGUUUUCCACUACUUUAUGUGGAAUGUCCUUGACCCCUAUAACCAUCACGACUUAACACAGCGAACACAUGUGAAAGGCACUCACAGCUGGAGCCCUGUCCAAACCACCAGUCAUUAUCAAUCAUCUGCCUUUGGUCUCAAAUAGGACAAAAUCACAUGCAUGGAGGCCAGCGUGUAGAACUGUUCGCCAUCCAGCUGUUUACAGGUCCCUCAAAUGUCAUCAUGGAAUUUCCUAUAAGUUUGUGUUGUUGUUUGUCGUCAUGGCAGCCGAAGGAAACCGUGGUCACCCGUUGGCGUGCAGACCCCUGGGCGAGGGGAUCCUACUCGUACGUAGCAGCAGGUUCUUCGGGUAACGACUAUGACCUGAUGGCACAACCCAUCACGCCUGGCCCUGCUAUACCGGGAGCCUCUCAGGUAAACACAAACAAAACAACAUCUAGUUUGUGUUAUUUUUAUGUCUGGAUGUGUGUGAGAAAGUGAGGGAGAGCUGGCAUGCUAACCCGACCACAAAUUUAAACCAAAGCCGAGCAUUUCAUUUUGCACACAGAUGUUUUUUUUCUUGGCCGUUUUGAUGUUAGCACGCUGACUGAUGUGAACAAAUCAUAAUUACGCACUGACUGAUGAGUUUUGGCCGCUCACGACCACUUCUACAUGUUGUUCUGUUUUCCUUUCAGCCGGUCCCUCGUCUGUUCUUUGCCGGAGAGCACACCAUCAGAAACUACCCCGCUACAGUCCACGGCGCCCUCCUCAGCGGACUCCGCGAGGCCGGACGCAUCGCAGAUCAGUUCUUGGGCGCCAUGUACACGCUUCCCCGACAGGCCACACCCACAGCCGCCAGCAACCCUCAGCAGGCUCAACCCACCCCUACUGUGUGA